AAAUUGCAUAAUAAUUACGGGAAUAUUUGGUGAAUAAGUUAUACAUCUAUUGACACUGAGGUAAAAAAGUUACUAUUUAGGCUAAGUACAAUCAUGGAUAAUCCAGCAGAAAACCAUGAAGUAUUGGAGGACUUGAAAUAUGCUAUCCAACAUCUUAACUAUAAGGAAAUGGAAGAUAUUCUUGAAAAUAUUGAUGAUUUAAAUGCAAUAUUAAAUGGAGAGCCUGAAGAUAAUCAAAUUUUUGCCGGCACAAAUCCAUUAAUAUUCCUUAUUAUUCAACAUGGAGAUAAGAGACCAAUAAAAUGCCUUAAAUGUGUAGAAUUUCUUAUAAGAAAGAAAAUCGAUUUAGAAUUUAAAGGUAAUGAUGAUAGAACUGCACUUUCAUGGGCUAGAGAAUUGAGGAUGACAGACACAGUUAAUUUGAUUGAAUCCAGAUUAAAGGAACCUCAGGCAGAAAGAGAAUUAUCAAUUCAAGAUGGUUUAAAAAAAUACUUCGAAGAAGGAAGAGAAAAUUAUAUUAUAAAUAUCAAUCACACACAAAUCGUGAAUUUAAAUAACGACUUAAAUAUAGCACCUCCAAAACUUAAUACUCCACUUCAACUAUGUUGUAGUUUAAAUUAUACUAUUUCUGCAGCUUAUUUGUUAGAUCAUGGUGCAGAUUCAGAAGGAAUUGCCGAAAAAAGACGUAAAAAUAAAAAUACUCCAAUCAGAGGGGGCUUAGAAAAAUGGUUAUUGGGAAAAUUGACAUAAUGGAAACCUCAAAAAAACCUCGCUGAUAAAGAAGGCCAGUAGAACGGAAAAAGAUAUGCAACGGAAAGAACUACAACAAUCCAUCCAACAUGAAAACAACAUCAAUUUAUCAAGAAAGCGAAAGUCGACAGAUAUAGAAAUUGAUCAUGAAUUGCCUUCCACUUCCUAUGACAGUAUCAAGAGAAAAAUCCAGUGUACAAAAAUUUUUGUGAAACUGCCUACCCUGACUAAAGUUUGUGACAGCUACGGACUAUCAGAUAGAUCUGCAGUAGCAGUGGCAACGGCAGUGCUACACGAUGUCACCAAAGACUAUAAAAAAAACGUUAUAGAUCGUUGUAAGCUGAGAAGAGCAAGAGAGCAAACAAGAAACAGUUUUAAGCAAAACUCCUCGGAAACUUUGAAGGCCAUUUAUUUUGACGGAAGGAAAGAUAAAACCUAUGUUAUUAAAAAUAUUGAAGGUAAGUCCCACAAAAGAACUGUACUUGAAGAACACAUUUUUUAGUUCAGGAGCCGGGUUCUAUAUUUUUGGGUCACACAGUUCCCAGUUCUGGAUCGGCUCUAAGCAUUUGUCAAAGUAUUGUGAACUUCUUAGAAAGUAAUGAAUAUGACCUAGAAGAACUAGUAGCAGUAGGAUGUGACGGAACUGUGGUGAAUACAGGAAAAAAAUGGUGCAAUUUCUCAAUUAGAAUUAAAAUUAGGACGCCCUUUACAAAGGUUGGUCUGCCAGCUUCACGCUAAUGAGUUACCUCUUAGGCAUCUUUUUCAAAAGCUUGAUGGUCAAACCAGGUCCAAGAUCUUUUGCAGGAACUAUAGGGAAUCAAAUACAACAGUGCGAAAAUAUGCCAGUUGUGAACUAUAUUAUUAUUGACUGUGAUUUACCAGACGAGGAUUCUCUUGAGUGAAAAAAUAUUUGUAUGAAAUUUGUGUUGCGGUUUCUACAGCUAUUUAAGUGGAAUGAUCCGACUAUUUAAUUUCAAUUGCAUAAUUGAAGUUGCAUUAUAAUUAUACAGGAAUAUUCGGUGAAUUAUUUAUACAUCUAUUGACACCGAGGUUAAAAAGUGACUAUUUAGG